UUAGAGGACAGAAAAGCGGUAACAGCCAGCGUAGGUAGAUCACUGGACAAACACCGCUGCCACAAGUCAGAACGGAGGGAAGGAGUGCGAAACAGACAGGGAGAUUCACACGUACCGGGAGAGAAGAGGAGUUUAGCAAGAGAGUGUUGUGACUGUUUGGGCAACAGAAGCUUGUAGUAGCCAGGAAGAGGGCAACCAAGCCUGAGGAGAUGCUGUGAGGAAGAGUGCCAAGUGAUGGAGCUUGAAGCAGCCAGAAGGCGGGCACAAUUAGUCAGGGUGCUGUUCAUGGGAGGGACUGACUGCGUCUACAGAGAGAGACUCUGGCCCAGAUUGCAUUGAAUGGAUGACCAGGACAGAGUAAGCCAAGCAUCCAGCGUGGCCACCAUUUCCUACUUUCCUGUCAUAAAGGAAAGUGAUGGAAGGGUUCAAACAUUUGGGAAAAGAUGUCAGGCUGUCAAGAGAGACCCCAACUGUCCUGUGGUCAUCAGAGGAUGGCUCAACAAAAAAGAUAGCUCUGGUUUGAAGCUAUGGAAGAGAAGGUGGUUUGUCCUCUCCAACUACUGUCUGUUUUACUAUAAAGACAGUAGAGAAGAAUCUGUGCUGGGCAGCAUCCCACUUCCGAGCUACAAAAUCCUGUUCUGCACACCACGAGAAUGCAAAAACAGAAAGUUCACCUUCAAGGUGGUGCACCAGGGAAUGCGCUCUUAUUUCUUCAGUGCUGACACUCAGGAGGAUAUGCUGGGUUGGGUCCGAGCCCUCAGCCAGUCUGCUGCAAUGGAGCCAGACAGCUCCCUGAACAGGCGUUGCUCAAGUUAUCAGGAUUUCACACAGAUAGGUGGUAGCAGUGAAUCAGUGGACUUCCCUAAACCCCCCUCUGAUGAAGAGGGUCCGUCCCAAAAACACAGGCACGUCAGCAGGACUCUGAGUGAACCGAGUCAGCUCACCGGUGGGAGGAUGGGGACGUCGCACUCAGAGCACAGGGGGAGGCGGAGUGUGCGUCAGAGAAACAGCAGAACACCCAGUCCUCUUGAUUUUAGCAGAAGAAGAGUUUGUGGUCCAAAUCAAGAGGAAGAUUCUCUUCCUGGCCAAAACACACCACCCACGCACACAGAAAUUAUGGGAACAAGUUCUUUAACCUCAAGAAGUCAGCUGGGUUCACGACCUCAUACACCGGUGGGAAGGGUUGACAUUCGACCUCACGAUGACUCCGCCAUGGUGCCACAGACCCUGUAUUAUGCACCUGCCUCACCUAAACUGGAGUUCAAAUCCACCCCUAGCACUCCAGGCACAGAAAGGUGUCAAAACCUAAGCAAGCCUACACCUACAUAUGGUUCUGUCCAUCAUAUCUCGAGUGGGAGAAGAUCUUUAGGAAAGAGCUACUCUACAGGGGCACAUUCAGACUUACUGCCCCCUUUGCCCCCCUCAUCAAGAGCCGCACAUGCACCCCACCCCCCACACCACCACCACCACCACCAUCAUCACCAUCACCGCAGCAAUUUAUCUGUUUGUGUGCUACCGCCAGCUAUGGCCCCAAAGCCUGACCAGAGUCAAACCCCACCAAUCAGGCCUCUCGAAAGUGAUGCAGAUGCUGUGUUGACGAGGUUGUGUGGGUGUGACAAGCUGCUACAGUCUCUGUCUGUAGAACUGGCCCAGCUACAAAUGGAUAAGGAGAGCGUCCAUUGUGCAUUAGAGGUGUCCAGACUGCAGCUGGAGGAGUGGAAAAGCCAGGGGCCCAGGGCCCAGGAAGAAGCACUUACCCAGAAGGCUUUGCUCCUGGAAGAGCUGGUCACAAUCCGGGCCAGAAUGUGUGAUGUGUCAUUGGAAAUGGAGAGGGUGUGGAGUCAAUAUGAGAGAAUGGAGAGUGAACUGUCUGUUAUCCGUUCACAUCUUCAGCACAUCUGUCACUUUGGAGUGCCACAGGAGCAGUCUCAGGCUCAGAGAGAGCUGUGGAUGAUGGAGGACAUCCUGGCUGGACUAAAGGUCAACAGGGACCACUUCCGCUUCCUGCUGGGACUGCAGAGGCACCACACGUUCCAGCCGUCAGCUCCACAUCCUGGAUCCCCUGGCUCUCCCACAGAGAGGCUGCAAAGUGGUCUGCCAAUGGAUGUGGAACAAGAGCCACCAGUCCGCCCACCGUUACCCCAGGAGCUACAUGAAAUGCACCAGAGCAGUGAUCAGGGCCAUGGCUGGACAGAGUCACCAUAUGAGGGAAUCUACAGCCACGCUGUGGAUCCGGUACAGAGAAGAGGAAAUAGCCAGCCUGACCUCCUUAAUGUGAAAGCACAGAAAGACGCAUUUGAAUCUCAGUCUGGCUCAAAGUGGAUCCCACCAGAUCCAACAAACCAAUCAACCAAGAAGAUGAAGAUGAGUGAAGAAGAGCAGAUUGAGCGGAUGAAGAGGAAUCAGGAGAGGAUGACUAAUAGGAAGAAACCCCCUAUAUCUACUCCAGGUGCCCAAACCCAGAGUUCAGAGACAAAAGAAGAGGCCCCCUUUCCUCUGAGGGUGACAAGAGUUGUUACAGCUGUACUGCCAUCCUCUCUCGUGGCCAGACGGGUUUCUGUUGAGGACCCCCCUCCUGAGCUCGACAACCCACUGCCUGAGCAGAUCCCACCUGAGAUGCAGCAAAGAUUGGCUGAGCAGAGUAAAAAAAUGUUGAACAAGCCACCCAGGCGUCUGUUGCUGGAGAGUCCUGAUCAAAACCGUUCCUCGGCAGAUAUGCACCAGGAUCAGCCCGUUAAAAAGACAAACAGACAGCCGCAUCAGGGAGUACUGAGGUCCUCUAAGAAGGAGUCACGGUCAGAAGCGAGCAGCGAUGUUCGAGAUCAAGGUUUGGGAAAUGGAAGUGCAAGCUUGGACGUCAGGGCAGAGGAACGGCCCUCUGCCCUCCUGACACCUGACAUGGACACUGACCCCUGUCUGACCCCUGAGCAGCGAGAGGCCAAACUUCGACGUGUGGAACGAAUACGGGAGAGAGUCAUAAGAAGUGCAGUCGGAGAGAGUGCUACAACACACAAGCAUCUGCCAAUCAGGGGGGAGGGGCAGAAUGUUAAUCAGGUGCCCCCUGACACAGCUAGAAAACAAAGGAUGAAAUCAGACUGUGAAUCUUAUGACGGCUAUAGAAGCUGUGGGGAUAAAAUCAGAAGUCCUGCAGAACUUCAGCUUUCUAGUGGAACAUUGCACGAUGAAGAUGAAAGAGAUGGACAUGUGAAAAAAUCUAAAAGCCAAGUCAAAUUUGGGAACAAAACAAAACACAAAGAUCACAGUGAAAGAAUAGGGGAUGCUAAAACUAAAAUCAAACGUCCAGCUUCACCCUAUCAUAUCUCAUCUAUGACUGUCUACCAGAAAGACGGAGGCAAGGGAUUUAUAAGUUGCAAGGAUGCAGAGGAGCGAAAUCUUGAAGAACCUGCCACUGAUUAUGAUGAAAGUGAUUUUUCAUCCUCCGAUCUGAGAGCCAAGUGGUUCCUCUCCACCAACCAGUGGCAAGGGUUCAUACCUUUGCAGAUUCCUGGCAUAAACUCAUUGUGCAGUAAGGAGAUAUCAGACAUCGAGAACCAAACAGCAUGCACCAAUGACCUGACUGAUUCCAAUGAAAUGUCAUCCACAGUCAGUGAAAGCUUAGAGAAAAUGAAAGAGAACCAUUCACUCUUCUAUAAGAUUGCCUGUGACAUUAGUAUUUCAGACACAGAUAUAACAAAGAAUGAUGGGAAUUCAAAUUCCCAAACGUCACUCAGGCCAGAAGAAGAAGAACUGCUGAUCACUGAAUCUGUGCCGGAUGAAGCGACCCAUAAUGUUGGGAGAUCUUCUAAGCAAGAGAGCAAGGAUUCCAGUCUACACUUGUCAUCAGAUGUUAAUGAGAAUAGUCUCUCAAUUAAUAACAAACUCCAAGAUUCAAAACUGGAAACCCAGGACAAAGCAGCGUUAAAUACCUCAGCCAGUCCAGCAAAAGAUCCUUGUGUUUAUGCAGCGAUCCCUCAAAAAGAAUGUCAAGACACCUCAAGGCAAGAAAGCCCAUUGAAAGUUAGAGAAACUAUCCAUGGAGUUCCUGUUCAGCACAUUGAUUCUGGUCAGGCCCUGGAUGAACAUGCAAAGACAAGAGAAGAACACAGUGGGGCGAAAGAGUCAGAAGACAGGAAGGUAGACAAAGAGAGAUCAGAAGAGCAAAAGAAAUGUAGUAGUUUAAGUGAGGAGAACAAAGAGACAGUCCAAGAACGAGGCAACAACCACAACAACAUUGCUCCAUCCAGCUCUGUGUAUGAGGGCGGAAGUGUGAUUCGGAGUGCCUCUUUUGGGAAAGCACGAGUUACAGUAUUGAGGACAAGUUUGUAAAGGCAAGAACAGUGACGGCUUAAGGAGCUUAAAUUAACGAACUUGGGAAAGACAAGCACACAGUUAAGUGAUGUAUGGUAAAGGAAAACACCUGAGGAGGAGGACACUAAGUGAUUGAAGGAAUAUGGACCCAACUUUGGAUUAGAAAUGGUAAAAUGGGAACAAUAUGAGAAAGAAACAUAAUGAUCGGUAAACUUGAACAUAUCCAUUAUUCAUAAUAUGUGGUUUGAAAUGCAGAUAAAACUGAAAGUCUUAAGACUAUUUCAUGAAAACAAAAACUAUGUACGCAAAUUUUGUAGUGUUGUUCUUGCAGUUGAUGGUAAAAUAUCUUAUGUAUUGUUGCAGUCAAAUACAUGCCCAGUAUUUGAGGUUAACACUUUCAUUCCUCUCAAAAUAUGUAUCUAACAUAACACAGAAAUUAUAGAUGAUGGCUGCUUGCGGAUGGUAACAUAACCCUUGUUAUUGUUACUGUAAUAAAAUGUCUUUUGUAUCUCAAAUAUCCUGAUUAAUAAACAUGCUGUGUGUCUGAUAUUAA